AUGUGGUUCAUUCUGGUGGUCGUAUUUGGGUUCAGUGUGGCCCAACACAACCCCAACACCAAGCACGGCCGGACGUCCAUCGUCCACCUACCGCCGGCGUGCCCUGGUGACCUGGAAGCUGUCUACAGUCGUCUGCACAACCUCACCACCAAGUGGUUUCCCAAUAAUGCAAGACCUUUCAUCUUCCAAGAGGUUAUAGAUCUGGGAGGAGAAGCCAUCACAUCAAGAGAGUACUUCCAUCUUGGACGGGUGACUGAAUUCAAAUAUGGGGCUAAACUGGGAACCGUCUUCAGAAAAUGGCACGGCGAGAAGCUGUUUUACACAAAGAACUGGGGAGAGGGAUGGGGUUUCAUGCCAGAUGAUAAUGCUGUUGUCUUCAUUGACAACCACGACAACCAGAGAGGCCACGGUGCCGGUGGUGCAGCCAUCAUUACUUUCUGGGACCCGAGGCUUUAUAAGAUGGCUGUUGGCUACAUGCUGGCCCAUCCUUAUGGUGUGACAAGAGUGAUGUCCAGCUACCGAUGGGAACGAAACUUAGUGGAUGGAAAGGAUAAAAAUGACUGGAUCGGCCCUCCGAGCAACAGUGAUGGAUCCACAAAACCCGUCCCCAUCCACCCUGACCAGACCUGUGGGGAUGGUUGGGUGUGUGAACACAAAUGGAGACAGAUCAAGAACAUGGUCAUUUUUCGUAAUGUGGUCAAUGGACAGCCUCACACCAACUGGUGGGACAACGAGAGCAAACAGGUUGCUUUUGGACGUGGUGAUCGUGGUUUUAUCGUCUUUAACAAUAAUGACUGGUAA